AUGGCCCACGCGGCAGCUCACCUGAAGAAGGCUCGUGAGUUAGAGCAGCCCCCCGAGCUCAGAGCCAUACAGAAAGCCAGGGAGAGACGCAGACGACACAGAGAGAGAGCAGAGCGCCAACGCCAGUCUGACAGUAACACUAGUUUCCUGCGUGCUGCGAGGGCGGGGAACCUGGACAAGGUUCUGGAGUUCCUGAAAGACGGAGUUGACAUCAGUACCUGUAACCAGAACGGUCUGAAUGCGCUGCACCUGGCAGCUAAGGAGGGCCAUGAGGACCUGGUCGAAGAACUACUGGAGAGAGGCUCCGCCGUCGACUCUGCUACUAAGAAAGGGAACACAGCCCUCCACAUCGCCUCAUUGGCCGGACAGAAGGAAGUGGCUCGACUGCUGCUGAAGAGAGGAGCCGACAUCAACGCCCAAUCACAGAAUGGCUUCACUCCUCUGUACAUGGCAGCCCAGGAGAACCACCUGGAGGUGGUCAGAUACCUGCUGGAGAAUGGAGGCAACCAGAGCGCUGCUACUGAGGAUGGGUUCACCCCCCUGGCCAUAGCCUUGCAGCAGUGUCAUAACCAGGUGGUUUCUCUCCUCCUGGAACAUGACACCAAGGGCAAGGUGCGGCUGCCUGCCCUGCACAUCGCUGCCCGGAAGGAUGACACCAAGGCAGCUGCCCUGCUGCUACAGAAUGACCACAAUGCUGAUGUUCAGAGCAAGAUGAUGGUUAACAGAACUACAGAGAAUGGGAAGAGUGGGUUUACCCCCCUGCACAUCGCUGCUCACUAUGGCAACGUGAAUGUCUCCACCCUCCUGCUGAACCGAGGGGCCGCCAUCGACUUCACCGCCAGGAAUGGGAUAACUCCUCUCCAUGUGGCCUCUAAGAGAGGGAACACCAACAUGGUAGCUCUACUGCUGGAUAGAGGAGCUCAGAUAGAUGCCAAGACCAGGGACGGCCUCACUCCUCUACAUUGUGCAGCGCGGAGUGGACAUGAUCCCGCCAUAGAACUGCUGCUGGAGAGAGGAGCACCCAUACUGGCUAGGACCAAGAACGGUCUCUCCCCCCUUCACAUGUCGGCCCAGGGAGACCAUGUGGAGUGCGUCAAACACCUGCUGCAGCACAAGGCGCCUGUUGAUGAUGUCACCCUGGACUACCUGACAGCGCUUCAUGUCGCCGCCCACUGUGGUCACUACCGAGUCACCAAGCUGCUGCUGGACAAGAGGGCCAACCCCAACGUUAGGGCUCUGAAUGGGUUCACUCCACUGCACAUCGCCUGCAAGAAGAACCGGGUGAAGGUGAUGGAGCUGCUGGUGAAAUACGGAGCCUCCGUCCAGGCCGUCACGGAGUCUGGUCUGACCCCCAUCCAUGUCUCAGCCUUUAUGGGUCACCUCAACAUGGUGCUGCUGCUGCUACAGAACGGAGCCUCGCCUGACAUCUGCAACAUCGUCAGUACCGACACGAUCAAAUCAAAACGUUAUCGGUCCUUAACAGAUGUUAUUACGGGGGAAUGCUGGUGUUCCUAGCUCCAACAGUAAUAGUAUCUAACUAAAUG